GUCUGAAACCCUCGGAAUCUAGAAGAACAAAUAAUCACGUGUCAGCAUUCGCCACCUCCGGUCGCAUGACAUCAACCGAGCCAAAAUCCUGUAUAUGAAACUCCACUCCACCUCAACAUUCCAGUUUCUUGUAUUUCAACCAAAAACACAAAUCACCCUCGAAUAAUACAUCUCAAUACAAACACCAAAAUGCCAUCCUACAGCUACUCAUCAUCGACCUCCUUCUCGUGGUCCGCUUCCUCAAACUCUGGCCAGACAGGACACGCAUACCAGCAAACCAGAUCAUCGAAUCCAUCUGGUACGACCAUUCAUACACGAGCACAAAGGCUCGGUGAGCCCAUUAUUCAGGAGACGAGACGGUUUGAUGCAGAAGGGAGGCAGAUUUUGGAGGAUGGGAGGACGCUUGGGCAACGGGGAAAUGGGUGGGGAAAUGUGGAUCGGAGGAUUGAGGAUGUGAGUGACGAUCAGAAGGAAAGGGAUAGGGCUUAUGAGGAGAGGAUGGAGGAUGAGUAUGCUAAGAGAGAGGGUGGAGCCUAAUGAGGAGGGAUGGUGUAUCAAUCACGUGACACAUGGCGGCGAGGGCGCGAUCAGCGCAAAACGCGCAGAUUGCGCAGGACGCGCUGGAUGCGCUGGAAUUGCAAAGUCAAGGAGACUGUCUGAGCUUCAGAAUUUUGGUUUUGUAAGAGAACACAAGUUGAGAUCUACAGCACAUCUCUA